UACCCAAUCACUGAGCCGCUUGUUCCUUCAGUGUCGCAGCCUCGAGGGUUGAGCGGGUGUUCAUUGUCCGGGAGCGUGAGGAACUGAGAUCGGAACCAUGAGAGGAGAACGAGGCCGUGGUCGUGGACGUUUUGGCUCCAGGGUUGGCCCUGGCACUGGUUUCAGACCUUUUGUUCCGCACAUUCCCUUUGACUUCCAUGUGUGUGAGAUGGCGUUCCCCCGUGUGAAGCCCGCCCUCGACGAGACCCCCUUCAGUGAGGCGCUGCUGAAACGUAACCAAGACCUCGCCCCAACACCAAGCGAGCAGGCCUCCAUCCUGUCUCUUGUAACAAAGAUCAACAAUGUCAUCGACAACUUGAUUGUGGCCCCCGGAAACUUUGAAGUGCAAAUUGAAGAGGUGCGGCAGGUGGGUUCCUACAAGAAGGGCACAAUGACCGCCGGGCACAACGUGGCAGACCUCGUUGUCAUCCUGAAGAUCCUACCCACAUUGGAAGCCGUCUCUGCUCUGGGAAUGAAGGUUGUGGAGACGCUGAGGACACAGGACCCAUCUGAAGUUCUUACAAUGCUCACAAACGAGACCGGCUUCGAGAUCAGCUCCGCAGAUGCCACUGUGAAAAUCCUCAUCACAACCGUCCCCCCAAAUCUGCGCAAACUGGACCCUGAGCUGCACCUGGACAUCAAGGUCCUGCAGAGCGCCCUGGCCGCCAUCAGACACGCCCGCUGGUUUGAGGAGAACGCCUCUCACUCCACGGUUAAGGUUCUGAUCCGGUUGUUGAAAGAUCUGCGGAGCCGAUUCCCUGGGUUUGAGCCUCUGACUCCUUGGAUCCUUGACCUGCUGGGACAUUACUCUGUCAUGAACAACCCCUCCAGGCAGCCACUGGCCCUAAAUAUAGCCUACAAGCGCUGCCUUCAGAUCUUGGCUGCCGGACUCUUCCUUCCCGGAUCUGUGGGAAUUACUGAUCCCUGUGAGAGCGGAAACUUCAGGGUCCACACGGUGAUGACUCUAGAACAGCAGGACAUGGUGUGUUAUACCGCUCAGACCCUGAUCCGCAUCUUGUCCCAUGGAGGAUACCGCAAGAUCCUUGGCUUGGAGGGUGAUGCAAGUGCUCUCGCCUCAGAGAUGUCCACCUGGGAUGGAGUCAUAGUUACCCCCUCAGAGAAGGCCUAUGAGAGACCCCCAGAGAGAAAGGAAGGUGAGGACGACGAGAGCCCUGACAUUCCAGAGGGAGCUGAGGAAGAGGAGAACAUGGAGACCCAGGAGUGACCUGGAAAGAUAAUGAAACAUACUUUUUAUUUCGGCUCCUCGGCCCAGAUACGGGGGUCCCUCGCCCCAGGACCCUCAGCUCCGCCAUCUUUGUGUUGUGUUCCCACUUGUGUUGUGACUUAUUUUAUACUGUAGCGACUCUUCACUUCAUGUUCAACAAUAAAUUUUUAUUUUGACCGUU